AAAGAGACGUCAGUGACGUGGGGAAAGCAGGGCGCCCUGUUGCUGGCGCUGAAUUUAAAGGUUUCAGCUUGGAGGGUUUGGGUAAAAACAGGCAGCGCCUUCUAGAAACAAAGGUUAAAUAUUCACGUGUGAUCCGGAGCAGAUUCCUACAAACAGCAUGCCUCUGCAGGAGCUGCCCUGCCUCAGCUCCCAGUGCCCCACGCUGGCUCAGACCAAGAGGGGCCUCAAACGCAAACCCAAGGAUCCUGUGAGCGAGGGCCUGGACGCUGAAUGCACCCCAGUGGAGCUCAUCCAGCAGUGGUCUCCCCUGUGCAAGCACCCGCGUCCCAUCGUCAGGGGCAAAGAGAACGAAAGCAGCCAGUUUGUCCUCGGCAGGAGGUCGAGGAAGAAGAUAGCGUCUACUUCAGGCCUUUCGUGGGACCAGCUUCCAGACGAGCUGCUCCUCAGGAUCUUCUUCUGCUUCCCUCUGCAUGAUCUACUCAGGAUGUCUAGAGUUUGUAAGCGCUGGCACCGCUUGGCGUUUGAUGAGUCUCUGUGGCACAGCGUGGAUCUAGCGGGCUCGACCCAUGGUGGUGUGGUUCUGCAGCAGGUGCUGAAGACCAGGGUGCGAAGGUUGCGCUGCCCUCGGGCUUUUGUGGAAGAGUCGCACUUCCCAGGAACAAGCCCGCUCCAGAUUAUUCAGAUGGACUUGUCCAAUUCUGUCAUCCCGACCUCUGCUCUGGAGAGCAUCAUCAGUCGCUGCAGGUCGUUGGAGCAUCUGAGCCUGGAAGGUCUGCAGCUCUCGGACGGAGUCAUGGGCUCUCUGGCCAUGAACCCCAACCUCCAGCAGCUCAACCUGUGUGGGUGCUCCGGGUUCUCUGCUCCUGCUCUGGCUGACAUGCUCCGACGUUGCUGCAGUAUAGAACAGCUGAACAUAUCAUGGUGUGAAUUCAGCCGGGAUCACAUGGGGAGUCUAAUCAAUAAUCUGACUUCCUGUGUGACUCACCUGAACCUCAGUGGGUACAGAGAGAACCUCACCCUGGCCGAUGUGAAGGUGGUGGUGGAGCGGUGUCCUCGUAUUCAGACUCUAGAUUUAAGUGACAGCACGCUGCUGAUGGCAGACAGCUUCCCCGUCCUCGCCCAGCUCCAGAGUCUGCAGCACCUGUCUCUGAGCCGCUGUUACCACAUCCACCUCGCUGCUCUGACGGAUGUGGCCAAGCUGCUGCCCUCGCUGCGCCUGCUGGACGUCUUUGGCCUCGUGAACGACACCCACCUGAGCUCCCUGAAGAAGGAAAUGCCUCGGCUCGGCAUCAACUCGAGGCCCUUCUCCUGCACGGCCCGGCCCACGCCCGGCACUGGCGGAGACCACGCCAUGUGGAACAGCACGUGUAGACUGAGGUUGAGCUGCUGACGGCAGCGGGAACUGCUGCUUCUCGUUCUUUAGAUUUCUGAAUCUGUUUUAGGUUCCAAUAAUGUGAUGAUCUUAAUGACUUUGUGGGCCAAUGUGGUGUAAAACUCAUGUUGCAGAAAGUCUCGUUUAAUAGUUUAGAACAGCUGCUUUUAAUGGAAACGUUCGAUCUGGAUGUAGAAAACAGAGAUGGCAGAUUCUCAGAUCACUCAUGACCAAAUGAGCCAAUAUGCUGGUCUGCAGUGAGCCAGUGGAGCCGUACCGCGGUGCUCUGGGUCUGACCAGCACUGAAACGCCUUUUAGCUUAUUUCCCAAAAUUCCACAUGGGAUUGUGUUCUGAUCAGAAAUGUUUUAAUCUGUGGUUUUAUGUCUAAUCCUCUUAUUCUGAAAUUAUAAAGCACAAAUGUUUGUUUUCCAUUAAUGACCCCUGUGACAUCUUUAAAAAUGAUUAAGAUGUGGGAAUAAAUGUGUUUGAGGUUAUGUUUGCACAGAACUCCGCCUGGUUGACCUGCACAUACAGUAAGGACCAACGUGUGACCAGGCUUAAAACUGCAGGACAACACACACUUACACGCAGCAGCUGGUGAAACAUAAGGUCAAAGAACUAGGCUUCCACAACUGGAGUCAGCUGCAUAGACAAAAAGGAAGAAGCGAGGAUUCAUAGUGCAUGUGUUUAUUCAGACAGUCUGACUCAUCAGACAUGAAGGAACUGAAGCUAAAAUCAUCCUGUUCCGCCGAGCAGCUUGUCAUUCUGAGGAGUGUGUCUCGCAUUUACAUUAUUUUAUACGGAUGUUUGUACAAUGUUAAUAAAACACGUAAAAAGAA